UCGUGAAGGGAUAUUUGGAAACGGGGCGUGUGUCUUAAUCGAAGUACCGAUUACUGCGGAUUCCGGUGGCUGCAGCCCGAGGUUGAGAGGUUAAAUUCGGGCACGUAGAGUUGCUGGAGUUUGAGAUUCACUAGUUUGGAUUGAUCGGGGAGAGAGAUGGUUGUGUGGUGGUGUUGGAUUUUGUCACUGCGUUCCGGUGCUGCUUUACGUGUUUGCAGAGGGUGGAUCCGAGAGGCCAGGCAAGGAGAGGGGUGAGGGUGUAGUGUGAAGGCGCGAAGGGGUUGGAGAGUGGUGGUGGUGCAGCAUGAGGCGUUUUGUGGUCUAGAAUAUCUUUAGAGCCGUAUGGGCACAUGUGAUGUCUUUCUGGGCUAACGAUUGUGGCCAUGUGUGGGGGUCUUAUUUUCAAAGUUUAGCGCAUUCGCCACUUAAACCAGAUAGUUGCGAACCCUCUCCUUAAUCAAUCUUCAUUUCUUCGUGCUGGGUUCACGAAGUAAUUGAAUUCCUGCGUAGUUCUAUUGCCAGGUGUUGGUUGAAAUCUGAAGGUGGUCAGCGCGUGUAGCGUCAAUUUGAUUUCACGGCGAUGAUGGUCACUGUGGUGCUGGAAAUAUUUGCAGAGAGGGGACUUUUUGCUGGCCUUGAAGCUUUGGGUUUCCCUACAUGCAUUUGAGAGCUAGUGCGAGCGGUUUACAAAUUGACCGUUCUUAGCGUUGAGGACGAUCGCCUCGGCAGAAAGUUCAGCUGUAGAUAGGACUUAUUAAAAUGGUAAAUUAGUAGGACGGAUGAGAUUUUUCCAGUCCUAGAGAGAGCAUAAAUCUGGAUGUGAGGAAUGUUUGUGUCGGAAGAGGAAGUGACUGGUGGUUAGGCCAGGCAACAGAAGGUCAAGGCAGGCGGAUUUGAAAGAUGUGGGCGGAUGGAGGUCCACGGAAAGGGAGCCAGCUUCACAGAUCAAGGUCUACUGGCCUGGCUGCGCUUUUAGAUGGGCAAGGCAGUGAAAGUGGUGUGAUUGUUGCAGCUUUUAUGCAUGAUGAGUGUGGAAAAUGGAGCCUGGACCGCACCUUAGCACAUAUUCUCGAUGUCUCUCCUCCGAUGUUGGAGCUGAGCUUUACGAAAGAUGGAAGGAUUGAUGCGAGCAGCGUGCGAUCGUAUCUCGAAUCGCAACUCAGCGCCACUCUAGAUACAAAGGAUGGUUUUGUAACUGGUUGUGAUCACAGGGAUGGCGUUUUUAUUAACAGCCUACCUUUCGGGAAUAGUAUUGUUACCAUCGACAGCAGUAGUACUUGUGGGGAUAUCAAGUUUGAUAAAAACUUCUUGCAUCUUGAGAGCCAGACCAUUUUUAGCAGCGCUCGUGCCAAUGCGUGUGUGUGGAAGGGUCGAUGGAUGUACGAGGCAACUUUGGGAACAGCCGGCAUUCAGCAACUUGGCUGGACUACACUUUCGUGUCGCUUCACGAAUGAGGAAGGCGUAGGUGAUGCUGCAGACUCGUACGCGUACGAUGGAAAUAGGGUUUGCAAGUGGAGUGAAGGCCAUGCUCCUUAUGGUCAGCCCUGGGUAGCAGGUGAUGUCAUAGGUUGCUGUUUGGACUUGUACAAGAAGCAGAUCAUUUUUUAUAGAAAUGGUGUUUGUUUAGGUGUCGCUUAUGAUAGCAUCAGGGAGCUUGAGCCUAAAGAAGGGUAUUAUCCAGCAAUCUCUUUGUCAUACGGGGAGCGCUGCGAAUUAAAUUUUGGUGGCAGACCAUUUAGGUACCCUGUUGAGGGUUUCUCUUCCAUUCAGCUGCCUCCAACAGUUCAGGUCAACGACAACGAGCAUGAAAUGGUUUCAGUAUCUGGAAGAGCGAAGUUCUUGCUCAGCUGUUUGCAGAGGCUUGUUCAAUUAGGAAGUCGGGAGGUUACGGCAGCCAUGGCUCCUGUAGACAGGCUAAAGAGAUUCAUCCCCUUGACUAGCGACGAUGUAUUAUUAACAGGUUCGGAGAUAUGCAAUUUGCUUCGACCGCUGCUUUUGUCUAGUCGAAUGCCUGGCGAAACAGUGUCAUUGGGAAAGAAAUCGAAUGCUCCAGGAGAGUACGUAAUUUGGGGUGCUCUAGUUCCGUUUCUUCUGGAGACCUACAGACAGGAAGCCCCCCAUGAUGCCUCUAGUGUUGAUCAGGCAUUGGACCUUUUGCUCCCACAACUAGAAGGUCAUGUUUUUAGUGGUGCGCUCGUUACCAUUAUUAUGGAAGCUCUUGCCUAUGGCUGCCGAACAUCCCCAAUUACGCUUGUUGACCAUCCUUACACGGGUUCUUAUCCCUACCUGGCGCUAGCUUGCCAUUUACUGGAACGCUACGAUUUUAUGGUCUCAUGGUGGAUGUCAGAUGGGUUCAGCUCAUGUCUGGAGGGAUUUCUUACCCGGAAGGGUCUGAAUGAACAUGAUCUUGAAGGAUUGAUGCCAACAGUAUGGUGGCCUGGGUCUCGGGAGGAUCUCUGCUCUGAGGGUAAAAUGAAGCAUACGGAGAUGUUAUGGUCUAAGGCAAUUGUCAAGAUAGAGGAGUUGCAAUGGGAGCUGUGUGGUCGACUGCUCCAAUUUGUACCACCUCCAACAACGGAAUCACCGCAGCCUGUUCCUGGCGUGGUUUUCCGGAGUUUUUUGCGGAACCUUGUAUGCAAAAAUCGAGGGGCUAAUCGUAUGGCUCCAGCAGGGUUGUCUGGUAACUCUGUUCUGGUUUCAACUUAUUAUGUUCUAUUGCGACUUCUGUCUGAGGGAUUUGGACCAGGCAAGACUAAUGGUGAUGUUGGCGAACGAAUGAAGGAUCAAGGAUAUUCUACGGGUUUUCUUCACAGGGUUGGUAAGCGAAGAUUUCCUGUCAACAUUCUUUUGAAAGAUUCCAGCGCUACAGACUUUGUUCGGUUGGGCGGAAAUUUCAGCCAUUUAGUGAAAACCUCCCCUGUCGAGUUGGAUGUCCUGGAAGUGGAAUGGGAAGAGAGCUGCAUGGAUGAAGGGGAUGAUGUUGUUCGGCAUGGAGGGAAACUGAAACCAGCUUGUUGUUCUGAUCUUGUCCUGAGCGGCCUGCUGAGCGACAGCAAGACCCCUGUGAAGGUUUCAAGUGAAAUAUUUGCCCUUAGUGCUACAACUGGAGUGAAUGAAAGGACGAGUAGCUCCAUAAGUAGUAACUAUAAUAGUGGCCGGAGUUGUGAUGGAUGUGUGGAGGACAAGCCAAGUUCAAGCGGAAGAGUGGAUAUUAGCGUAAGCGGCGCUCCUGUUUCCCGAAGCUAUGACAGGCGAGGAUUCAAGUCAAGCAAGGAGCUAUCUGAGGCGAUUAGGGAGGAGGAGUUGCUAGAUAUCAUGCUCUUGCUUUACCAUCUCGGGCUAGCUCAAGAUUUCAAAGAGGCCUCGUUUUUGAUGCAACAUCAGAUGCAAUCUAUAGCACAGCUUGAUGAGACAGAUCGUCAGAUACGGGGUAAGAAUAUGUCCAGGCAACACCUGAAGCACUUGAAGGAAGCCAGAACAGUUUAUAGAGAAGACCUAAUCCAUUGUGCGCGGCAGUGUACAUGGUACCGUGUGGAAAUGUUUGCAAGAUGGAAGCUCAGGGGAAUGUAUGCCACCUGCAUGUGGCUUGUGCAGCUAUUGCUAGUUCUAAGCAAAAAGGAUCCGCUCUUCGUCUAUGUUCCAGAAUUCUAUGUUGAGACUCUGGUGGAUUCUUUUCAUGCUUUGCGACGAAGCGACCCUCCGUUUGUACCGGCAUCUUCUCUUCUACAGCAAGGACUUUCUCCUCUGGUAACUUUUCUGGUCACUCAUAUUAAUGAUCCCCGAAUAGUAAAUCUCGAUGUUCGAGACAUUUUGUUGCAGUCAAUCUCAGUAUUGGUGCAAUACAGGGAUCAUCUUAUUGCAUUUGAACGGAACCAAGCAGCCCGGGAAGGCAUGGUUGGAUCUCUUCUAGCUUCUUUCGACAACCGCUUCUGGAUUUCUGUAUCCAACAUUUUAUUGCGGUUCUGUAAGGGUUCUGGUUUUGGAGCUUUAAAAGCUUCGUCAAAUGGAAAAUCAUUAUCUCCGUACUUUCAGCUUUUACUGAAGGAAAAAUGCAUGAACGACGAGAAGCUUUUUGCGUCGUUUCUCAAUCGUCUAUUCAACACGCUUAACUGGACUAUCACGGAGUUUUCAAUCACAAUCAAAGAAAUGCAAGAACAUUCCGACUUAUGCCAGGUGUCAGAAUCGCACCAAAGGAAAUGUUCUAUUAUGUUUGAACUUUCUUGCAAUUUGGAGAGACUACUUGAAUUUUUAACUCAGGAGUUGCCACGUGCCUUCUUACAAGGGCCUGAAAUCAAUCUUAUUCGGCUUUGCGAGCUUAUUAUAUUCGUUCUCAACCAUACCACAAGAAGUGCAAAUGCUCAUUUCUUUGAUAGCACUGCUAGGCAGCUGGGACAAUCUUUGGAGAAAAUCGACAGGGCAAAGAUGUUGGCUCCUCUCGUGGGAAUUGUACUUAAUUUGAAAAACGCGUCAUUAGCGCUAAGUCAUGGUGUGACAUACGACAUGGCAACUGUCCUUGCUGGUGUGGACAUUUCAGCAGCAGUUGUUGCCAAUUUUCAAUAUCUGUUGGACUACAGCUGGGAGAUGGCAUUCAAAGGGGAUCCUUCAGUUAGAAGAAUUUUAGAUUUAAAACCUUUUGUUUCCAAACUCAAGGUGGAAUCAGAAAAGGCAAGGAAACAGGCCUCUUUUGAUGAUUUUCUUGAAAUAAAUUCAACCUCAGAUAUUUUGGGGAGCUUUGAAACGAUGGACAGUGAAGAAGCAUGCACUAUCUGCUAUGCUUGUGAAGUGGACACCAUUUUCUUGCCCUGUAAACAUAAGUCUUGCCAACGUUGUAUAUCUCGACAUCUUCUAAACAGUCAGCAAUGUUUUUUCUGUAAUUCUACAAUCAUCAAACUUUCGUUCAUGCUUCCAACGCCUGCUAUCGAAGACGGCGAGUGUCCGGCAGAUCCAAACAAGGGCUUAGCAGAAUCCUUAACAAACGAGAAAACCUCAACCUAGCAGAGGGACUCCAUUAAAGAAAACAUAAUAGAUUACUGUCGCUGAGUGGUUGAGCACUCCUGGCGUUUGAUAAAUUGAUCUGUUGAAGAUCUCUCGGGCUUCCGGAUGUCGUGGACAUCCAUGAGUUAUGCUCAAUGUCCUCUAAAAAGUAACUCCAUGGAACAUAAUCCAUGUACGUCAUUUGGUCAUAUUUCUUGACCUAAGAUUCGUCACAAUUAUCAGGGCGCUUGAUUGCUCAUUAUGGUUAUAUAUUUGUGAUGUAAAACAGAAUCGCCAGCAUAUUGAAGUCCUUUCAAGCUCAUUCAAGCAGGUGGUGCUAUUUGCAGCUCUUUGCAAAUAUGGUUACUCUAGUAUUGAAACCAUUUUUAGGUUUGUUGAUUCAAGUCAUAUUUAACUCAACCCAAUGUCAAUUGAUGGUAUCUCAUGCGGAACCAGGAGGUGUAAAUUCCUGUACUCUGUGCAUUGAGACAGAACUGGGAUUUAGUUUUUGCUCUAUAGAUUUCUUACUUCCUACUUGCUUUUAGGUUGGCACAAAGGAUGCAGAACAGAAGUUGAUUUUAACUUACAUUAUAGGUAAACCUAUUGAAUGAGGUUAGAAAAAUGUUUUUCCUCUCGUCCAAGAACCUUAUUACUGAGACUUUUCAAUGGAAUGUAGUACAGGACUCAAUAUUCCUGCGCUGUGUUUUCAUGAGGUGAAGAUGAGGCUGAAAAGGUGGAAGGUGUGCUCUCGAUGAUGUCCCGGUUAGGAAUGUCAUCUUUAUUCAUCCUUGCAGCUACAUUUGGUUUCAUGUUAUAGAAUUACACCACUUAGCUCAUUUCAUGAUGAACUUUAUUCUUGUUGUCGCACUAUCUCGAUUGCUGGUGCAGUUGGGGUCACAACUUGCCAUGCUUUUCUAUUCUCUCCGUUUAUAAUUGUGAUACAUGCUUUGCAAUAUGUCAAAGCCCAUGUUUUUUACAUGCUUUGUGGUGGCUUUGAGGUAUGUGCAUUUUGCUGCGCUGUUCGAGCCAUCAAUUCUGAAAGUAUUUUGGCAUCUUCAAUACGUUUUUCUGUUUAGUUUGAGCAAUUUUGUACAGAUUGACGAAUUAAUAAACUUAUUCCAAACCUGAA